AUGGCCUCAGUCCCGGCCAUGCAGUCCAUGCCAUUGCUCUUCCGGCAAUCACUCAGAACCACUGUCCAUAUAUCCCGUACCGCAGCUCGACCGGCGCGGCUACAUUUCCGCCCAACACCUCCGAGCUCUGCUCCCGUUAGACCGACAUCACGAGCCUUCUCAGCCUGCCUACAAUGCCAAUUCCACCCAACACCUAACACCCUCGAGGCCUUCAACGAGAAGAAUAAGGAACAGAGUAGUCUUGACCCACAGAAUACGGAAAAGACCACCAAAGACACUGAUGCAUCCGAGGCUGCUUCCCCGUCGGACACGGGUGCGGGGAGUCCUCGUGCAGCAAACUUUUCUGCAGCGGAGCUCAAUAGGCUCGUGGAAGACUCCACGAUAAAGGGGACUGAGCGCGGCCUCCUGGACCACCUUGAAGCGGAACAAAAGAGGGAAAGAGAAGAAGAGUCGGGACAAGAACAACCGCCAAACUCAGAUGGCGUAAAGAGCGGUGGACUUCCUUCUUAUCUCGAGAGCCGUCGGUCAAAGAUGUCAAAGCAGUUCACGGGAAUGAUGGAUAAUCUUCAAUCCAAUGUUUUCGUAGCUGGACAACGACUGAAUGACCUUACCGGGUACUCGGGCAUCGAAGCUCUCAAGAAAGAGAUCCACGUUCUAGAGAAUCGUCUUCGUACAGCGCGCGCACAGGUUCGGGAAGCCAAAGACGCAUACUCCGCUGCUAUCAACAACCGCUCCACUUCGCAGCGCGAAGUCAACGAGCUCCUCCAGCGCAAGCAUGCCUGGUCUACUACCGACCUGGAGCGUUUCACACUUCUCUACCGCAAUGAUCAUACCAAUGAAGUUGCCGAGACAGAGACGCAGGAAGCACUGGCGCAAGCUGAGCGUGAAGCCGAAGAGGCUGCUGCGCAGCUGAGUAAGAGCAUCCUUUCCCGUUACCACGAAGAACAGGUGUGGUCGGACAAGAUCCGUCGCAUGUCUACUUGGGGAACUUGGGGACUGAUGGGCAUGAAUGUUUUGCUUUUCCUGAUCUUCCAGAUCCUCGUGGAGCCGUGGCGCCGGCGCCGGCUGGUGAAGGGUUUCGAGGAUAAGAUUGUUGAGGCCUUGGAGAAGGAGAAGGCCAUCAACCAAGCUGCUCUUGUCAUCCCGGCUUUGGAAUCGGUGAAAACUGCCGAUGCACCAGCUGAAAGCUCCGUUGUUGCUGUUGCUGCCACGGCCGACUCGCCUAGUAGCGAGGGCACCGAGAGUGCUGAGGGUGCUGUUGUUGAGUUGAAGACCGAGGACAAGGCUUUGCUGGAGACUACUUCCCCCGCCGACAAUGCCUCUCAAACCCUUUACUCCCGCCUCGCUGGAAUUUCCCUUUCUCCCUUCUCCCUUGAAUAUUGGAAUCAGUCUCUGAAUGAGCUUCUCAGUGACCGCAGCGUUGCUAUUACCCAACGUGAACUUACUGUGGCCGCCGUGCAGAGCGCGGCAGCUGGUGCAGCUGUGAUGGGUCUUUUGUUUGCCCUGUUGAAACCUCGGUAG